AGUCGGGGGAGGGUACAGCCGCGGGGCCGGCUUCAGAGUCUGGAUUUGGUCGGCAGUGCCCAUCGAGUGCUGGACCAGCGGCUGGCCGGUGCACCCCGCCCUGCGCGCGCAGAGGCUUCGGGACCCUCAGGCCGAGGCGCGGGCCGCUACGCGAGGCGGAUAGGGUGGGCAGAGGGGAAUUUGGAGGGCGCGGGCGCCCUGUGCGCGGAGCAAACGUGAGGCGGCCGGGGGCCGGGACGCCAUGUCCAUGGAGGACCCCUUCUUUGUGGUGAAAGGAGAGGUUCAGAAAGCAGUCAACACUGCACAGGGAUUGUUUCAGAGAUGGACAGAACUCCUCCAGGACCCAUCCACAGCCACAAGGGAAGAAAUCGACUGGACCACCAACGAGCUGAGGAACAACCUCCGGAGCAUAGAGUGGGACCUAGAGGACCUCGACGAAACCAUCAGCAUAGUUGAAGCAAAUCCUAGGAAAUUCAACCUUGAUGCAACCGAAUUGAGUGUAAGAAAAGCCUUCAUCACAAGUACUCGGCAGGUUGUCAGGGACAUGAAGGAUCAGAUGUCAGCUUCAUCUGUGCAGGCAUUAGCUGAGAGGAAAAAUAGACAGGCCCUGCUAGGAGACAGUGGCGGACAGAACUGGAGCGCUGGAACGUCGGAUAAAUACGGGCGCCUCGACCGGGAGCUUCAGUUGGCCAACUCCCAUUUCAUCGAGGAGCAGCAGGCACAGCAGCAGCUGAUCGUGGAACAGCAGGAUGAGCAGUUGGAGCUGGUCUCUGGCAGCAUCGGAGUGCUGAAGAACAUGUCCCAGCGCAUCGGAGGGGAGCUGGAGGAGCAGGCCGUUAUGCUGGAUGAUUUCUCUCACGAGUUGGAGAGCACUCAGUCUCGACUGGACAAUGUGAUGAAGAAACUUGCAAAAGUAUCGCACAUGACCAGCGAUCGGCGCCAGUGGUGUGCCAUCGUGGUCCUCUUCGUGGUCCUGCUCAUUGUGCUGAUCCUCUUCUUAGCGCUGUGACGGCGGGGCCCCGGCUCGCUUCCUGCUGCACACACACCCCGGGGGACAGGGAGAAGCAGCGCGCAGCGACCCGCUCCUUGCGACCCUCUCCUGGAAGCACAGCCUGAGCUGACUUUUCUCUCCAUGACCCCACCGUGGAGGCAGCACCUCCAGCCCAGUGUGGGGAGGGCCGGUGGGCAGAGGAAGUCAACAACUACACUCUCCCGGCUCCCCGGCUCCCAUUCUGAGGACAGCUGGCCUUGCUUUGCACCCCCGGAACUCACUCCCCCUGGAGGGCCUUGGAGGAAUCCAGAAAACUUCGCGGACUCGGCUCACGUUGGCUGACGCUCAUUCCAUCCGUCUUUGGCAGCUCUUUUCUCCCGUUCAGACCCUUCGCCUCUCAGACGGCUGGCGCUGGCCACUGCAGAAACACCCAUGCGGGGUGUGGGUGCCUGGAUAGGUCUCGCAUCCUGUCGAGGCAGUGCUGUCUCACCCCUGAGAGCUGGUGGUUAGUGGGGACAGAGAGCUCAGAAGUACUUUGUGACAGAAGAUGCAGUGAUUGGUUUUGCAGGGGUAAGUGCUAGGGUGAAAGUGCUUCUCUAGGCGCUGUUUUUUGUGGUAGGAAUAACCAGUGGAAAAGAUUGAAAAGCUCUGGGCUUUGGGGCUGCUGGCAGCUUGUGGCUUGAAUUAAAGGGAGGACGGAGCAGCAGGGCACAGCUGUGGAGGGCGGGUGAGGUCGCCAGGGUCAGGCCCUUGCUGGAUUCGUGCCACUUUCCUACAGCCACCAUCCCAGAGGGGCAACUUGCAUUCCUAGGAGGACCCUGAAAUGAGCAGCUCAGCGGCUCAUGUGAGUGGCCUGAGGUCCCAGGGUGGCGUCCACGGCAAUUCUUUUAUUCCAGCAGCACUCUGCCUUGAGGGCUGGGAGUGGUCAGUACGUUAAUGACAUUUAUUAAAAACCAUAAUGUCAAAAAAGGUUAGUUCUGGACCAGAUUUUUCUUACCCUGUAAUUGCAAGGAUGGGAAGGUGAACACGGUUCAUUUUUCCCUAAGACGAUGUGGUUUAUCAUCCAUUCAAAUAACUGAGCCCUUCCGGAUUUAAAUGACAGAUGCUUUCAUUGGGUUUUAGUUGCUGACUCUGCUGAGACACUAUACACUCCAAGCUUCUGGUGACUUUUAAAAUGCCUCCAGUGUACAUGUGUAUAUAUUUUUAUAACUUCCCUGAUGAAAACCUAGGAUUGAAGUAGCAGCUGAGCCGAGAGCCAGCGUGUGGCGGUGGCGGCUGCUGAUCCCUCCCCACCAUCUCCCUCUGCACUUGUGAAGCAACAUCUGGGCGGAAUUCUGGCUUCGACUCCCGUCUCCUCAUCUUUCGGGGUCCAUUCCUCAGCACACUUAACUUUUUUUCCCCCUUGUUUUGUUUGUAUCUUGGUUUUUUGUUUGUGUUGAGCUUCUGUUUUCCCUUUUGUGUGUGUGUGAUUUGCAAUGAUGUGCUUGCCCAGCUAACUCUUGAAUUGCACUUUGGAAUAAAUUCUCAUAACAAUUUUUUU